AUAAAAUUUUCCAUAAAUCUGGUGAAUGCUAAGUCAGUGUUGGAAGGGGAACUGAUCCCAAAUAUCUAAUGGGUAGACAUAUACUACAGUCACAAUACAAAUUUUGAGGAGUUCUGUGUUAGAAGAAGCCACAUCAUGAAAGAUUUACCCUGUUGGUGUUUUCUGUGAUCUGGACAGUGCCUGCAGUUGUGUUGGGCAUAAAAUUCUACACGGGAACUAAAAAGGAUUGUUCACAUCACUUUCCUUAAUCUGUGUGGUGCAGCCACUGGACACAAAAAAGGAUGGAACAGAAAGAAGUUGUGGAUGAGUGACUUUGGGGCAAGGGCAGGAGAAAAGAAGGUAGAAAGAAAGGCUGGGCAUAAAUUAACAAGAGAGAUGGGUUGGCUACUUAUAACAAGAUUUCAUGAUGGUAUUGAUCCAAGCAUUGGCCCUUUUUGCUUGCAUUACUGUAUGGGAUGCUACAGUCAUUGCUGAUGAAAUAACAAACUCACGGGAAGGAAAAUUUGUGCUACCAAUCACAAGGUACUGGAACACUGUUUGCUCUGGAACUUCUAAUGGACAGCAACUACAAGGUACUUGCCUUGACCGUAAGCAGUGUUAUCUGGCUGGAGGCACCAGCAUGGGACCAUGUGGUGUACUGGGAGCCUGCUGUCUCUUUGAGAGGAGCUGCUACACAACUACCCAUCAGAGACUUUCCUAUUUUGUGAACCCAACUGUAGUCCAGCAGCAUUGCACAUAUCAAGUUGAUGUUAUGAGUCGGGAUGUUUGUCAAAUAAGGUUGGACUUUGAUGAAUUUCGCAUAGCUCCACCAACUUUACCAAUCAGAGAGCCUUUACAAACAACACCAUAUUACUGUAUCAAUGACAGCUUCACAGUUACAAGUCCUUUGAGUGGCCAACGGGGAUUAGGCUUCAACAGUCUCUGUGGCCGCAAUGAUGGACAGCACAUUUACAUCCCUGUCAAUGCAUCCCAGGGAGCCAGCUCUGUAUCACUGAGCUUCAGUCUGGCGGAUCGCAAUAGUACUUCAGGAUCAUCACUGCCGACACCCACCUGGAGAAUCAGGGUAACGCAGCUGGAGUGCCCAGGCAGCCCUUAUGACUACUCAACCUUCACAGCUGCAGUUGCAUCCCUGGCUCAGCAGCAUCUGCAGAAGUUCUCACCACCUUAUGUUGAUUUUCACCUGCUAGCACCUCCAGGCUGUCUGCAGUAUUAUCCUGAACGAAGAGGCACUUACAUGUCAUUUAACUAUAACACUCCAGGCUCACUUGAUUCACAGUACAUAGCAAACAUGCACUAUGCAAUAUGCUUCCGGAGAACACCUGAUGCUUGUGGAAUACAGCAUACAGCAGAAACCUUUAAUAUGGGUGGAUAUAAUACAAGUAGCACCAUGACAGAUGAUGCUUGUAAUGAUUUUGAUUACCUAUUUGUUCCUGAUGGAAGAUGGCAAGGUACUUCAAGAGCAGACAAGUUCUGUGGAGAUUCUCUCCUUGGGGAGACUGUCACAUCCAUAUCCCCUGGUCCAUUUUAUGUUGUCUUCAACAGUGACAACCAACUUGAAGUUAUUAAUUCAGAAAGUGGAUUCAGAAUUGAUUACCAGGUGCUAGGUACCUGUGAGUGACAGGAAUAAUUGUUCCAGCAAUGAGCUAUAAGUAAUUGUUCUAGCAGUGGGUUAUUUAAGUAAUAUAAAUGCCUCAGUUCAUAUACAAAUAAGAAAUAACAGGUCUCAGAAAUAAAACUAAACUCAGGGCAAACUUUAUUUAACAACAAGUUUUGAACAAUGAAAGGAAUGUAAUAGUUGUUACAGUUAAUACAUCAGUAAUGUUAGCUAUAACUUUUUGAUUCCAAGAACACUUACUAUGUUACGUAUUGAAUUUUAUAUUUUAUCAGA